AUGGCCCCUAACAAACCGACAGAGCCAUCCAUCGAGCGCACCCAAGAAUAUGACGAGUUCCUAGACACGUUAGCAGAAUACCACGAGAAGCGAGGAACGAUUCUAGACCGCGAACCCAAAGUUGGGAGCCGACAUAUCGACCUAUUGCGCCUCUAUAAACGCGUGAAUGAGGAGGGCGGAUACGACAAGGUCUCAGAUACUAAAGGCAAUAAGCUGGCCUGGCGCAGAAUCGCUACCGAAUUCCUUCCCCAUAGCCCCAGCAUUACCACCCAGGCAUUCCUGGUCAAGACAGCAUACUACAAGAAUCUUGCGGCCUACGAGAUAUCGACCGUCCACAAGCGCGAACCCCCGCCUAAAGAGAUCCUCGAAGACGUCUCUGCAAAGGGUGGAGACGUGCUGACUCGAACCGUCGACAACUUCUUUCCAUCAGGCAGCCGCGAAGCCGAUCGGUUACGAAACGGAGAAUCAGAAUCAGAAGACGAGGACGAAGACGCCGACAUCAAGAAAACACCCAAAGACGAUAAGAUGGAAGUCGACGAGCCUGGCAGCGUCGGUCGGUCGACAAGAUCGCUCCGCCAUGCGCCCCCCCAGCGUGUUCUCUUCCAACCCGACACCUCGACCCGUCAAACGCGCCAGUCUACGGGCCACCUGAACCCCCCCCAGGUCAACGGCUAUGGCACAAGCGGGGCUGCUGUGACGAUUGCGAACUACGAACCGCGCAACCCACUACCGGCCACGAUGAAGCCCGUCGUGACCCCGUCGAACAGCUUAGACAUGUACAUACAGUCGCGUAAAAAGUACAUUUUGAACAAGAGGAACAGGCCCGUGCCGCUCAAGGGCAUGAUGUUACCCGGCACUGGCUUCCCAGGACCCAACAUCUACAUCCGCGCUCUCCACGCGCUACGCUCAAGAGAGCCUGAGGAAGAGGCAUACGCGCUACAUCACCUGGUGAAGAUCUCACAUGAGCGGGGCGACAAAUAUCGCUUCGAUCAGUUCCCCGGGCUUGCUGAGGCGCUCAUCGCAAAAGUCAUCGACGUUGGCUCGUUGUUCUUCGAUGUGAGCUGGGAGAUUUCGUAUGUUGAAGAUGACUUUGAGCAACCCCAUAUCCUCAAUGGUCUGUCCGCCACCCGCGAUUUGCUCAAGAGGAUUCAGUCGUUACGAACACUCGAUAUUCACGACGAUCUACUAUCGGAGGGCACCGCAAAGGCUCUAAAUUUGGUCAACGAAGCGGCCUUGAUCAUCCGAAACAUGGUCAUGCUAAAGGAAAAUGCCCAAUUUGCCUCCAUGAUUCCUUCCGUUCAGGAUCUGAUUGUCAUCGCCCUCAAUCUACCAAAGCACCCUACCGUGGUCGAGCUGCAGCACUACGCUCUCGAGAUUGCUGAGCAGUUGACUAAGUACUGGAUAUUGAGCUCAGACAGCCCGCUAUAUCGCUCGUUGUUGGCUCAAGUCGAUUCAGAUGACCGUGGCAGGAUCAUCACCUCGUUAAGGGCACUUGCCCGAAUAGCCAUGAACCUCGAGGCUACGAAUAAAUUGUCCAACGUCCCAACAAAGACGUUGAAGUCAAUAUGCGAUUGGCUCCUCGUGGAAGAUGAAGAUUUACGGAUAGCAUGCCUGGACUUCCUCUACCUCUUCACCGGAUUUCCGGACAAUGUCGAGCUACUUGCGCAUGAGGUUGAUCUUGAAGGGGUGGUGAACCAGUUGGUUCGUUUACUACAAUAUGGCGCUGUUGCUUAUGAGGAACGUAAGAGUGCACCGAAGACAUCGAAAUCAUCAACGCCGACCGAAGGCGCGCCGAAGCUGUCAUCUGCCAUCAUCGAUCAUCUCGUUACAUUAGAUGAGCCCGAGCGGAGCUCACAGUGGCUCAAGACAUGUUUUGAGGAAGAUCCUGCUGGUGAGAUUACACAGAUUCAGCUCUGGUCAGCAUACAAUGCCGCUUUUCAAGAAUCAAUGACUUCCAACCCAGCUGCAUUCAAAGCGCUCAUGCCAGCCAAGGAUUUCAUUACAAAUGUCUCCACAACGUUCGGCGGCGCCUCUGCUCAGGUUUUGACUGUUGGUGGACAACCGAAAUACACCAUUCGAGGCAUAAGACCACGAACAGUGCCGGUUGAUCCAAGCACGAAGAAGCCAUACAUGCGAUGCUGCUGGCAUCCCACAAGCCUGCUCAAUGGGCAUGCCGACUCCAAACACUCCACCGCAAAAAUUGAAUGCGGGGAGUUCACUUCCGGUGCCAGGGCAAUGUGGGAACAUAUUGUAGCCGUUCACCUCAAAGUUCCGCGGGACCAGGAAACCGGACAGUGGUUGCUCGAACCUAAACCCGAUAUUGAUAUGGAGAACGGCGACGUGCUGUCCGCGACGAAACCGACGAAGUACUUUUGCCAUUGGGGCGGAUGUACGCAUUUCACGCCUGCUGGUACAGAGAGUGCAUUUGAAGCUGGUCAGCACAUCAAAACGCAUCUACCGGAUACAAGCAUCAAGCAAGUCAUGCAUGCAAAGCACAAUCGUACGCCCUCGGAAUCUCGCCCAAUUACCUCAUCCGCACAAGUUUCAAGUUUGAAUUUUCAACCCCAGUUUGGACAACCUGCUGGAUUAGGGAGUUUGGGCAUGGGCGGGAGAUAUAACAAUUCAUCGCGCUCGGAAAGUAGAAAUGGGGGCAAUAGAGAGGGAGGGACGGGUGGCGCAGUGGAACACCAACCAGCGCCUAACUUUCGUUACUACAACACAGCAACGGACGAAGCGAACGACGCGGCCGGGCUUCCCCUAUCCUCGGUCCUCGUCUUGCGCAACCUCGCACGUCAACUUAACAAGAUACCACCACCUUCUUCCGUGACUGAAAUCGCUUCUCCUUCUUCGCCGACGCACAAGCGUACCUUUAGCGAAUCCAGCCCAGAACAUCGCAGGAAUACGAGUGGCAAGAAACCCAGGUUGAGCGAUGCAGCAGGGGAGCGGACUCGGGAGCAGGAAAGGGAGAGGGAAGAGAAGGCCGAACAAGAAGCACGUAGUGUGGGCUGGGUUACGAGAGUUUUCGCCCCAGUACGGGAGCAAAUCGCUUUUGUAGCGAGCCAUAAUCUUACGUUGAGGAACUACAUGGGGAGUUUGCUGAAGGCGGUCGCCGAGGGCGGGGGGUAA